AUGGACUUUCAAAAUAGAGCUGGAGGUAAAACUGGUGGUGGAGGACAAGCCUCCUAUUCGGAAGCAAAUGUAGAUAGAAGAGAAAGGCUUCGCCAAUUGGCUAUGGAAAUGAUUGAUUUAUCAAAAGAUCCUUAUUUUAUGAAAAAUCAUCUAGGUAGUUAUGAAUGUAAACUUUGUCUUACAUUACAUAAUAAUGAAGGAUCAUACUUAGCUCAUACUCAGGGAAAAAAACAUCAACAAAAUUUGGCUAGACGUGCUGCUAAAGACUCAGCUGAUGCUCAACUUUUUAUGCAACAACAACAAAAUCAAGCAGCAAAACCAGAGAUAAAAAAAUUUCAAAAAAUAGGUCAUCCAGGAUAUAAAAUAACGAAACAAUUUGAUCCAUCAACAGGACAAUGUGGUUUUCUAUUUCAAAUAGACUAUCCAGAUAUUGGUCAAGGUGUAAUACCUAAACAUCGUUUCAUGUCAGCAUUUGAACAAAAAGUUGAGGCUCCUGAUAAAAAAUGGCAAUAUUUAAUAUUUGCAGCAGAACCUUAUGAAACAAUAGCUUUUAAAAUGCCUAGUAAGGAAGUAGAUAAAAAUGAAGAUAUUUUUUGGUAUGAUUGGAAUGAGGAUACAAAACAAUUUUAUUUUCAGUUUGCUUUUAAACCAGACAAAACAUUAGUUCCAUCUAGUGCUACUCCUCGAUUUGGAGUCACAGAAUAA